AACAUUGCAUUCAACAGGUAAUGGAGCGCGCUGUGUCGUGGGAUGACCCUGUAUUCACAGGAAGGUGCAACAUAUUCACACAACGCUGUAACCUUAGAUCACCGUCGGUAUUAUCGACACCCAUAAUACCACUGUAACUCGGUUCCGCCUCAGUGACCCAGACCACUGAACCGAGAACAGUUCAACACGACCCUUUCCUGGGUAACAUCUGCCUGUCAGACCAGCGGGCUGGCUCGCCGCGACACACUCUCUACACCUGUAUCUUCACUACAGGUAACACAGGUGAGCCAAGAUGGUUGCAGUGGGCACGUUGCUUGGUAACGACACAAUGGCGGACCACUCAAGCAACUUGGGCGUGGGGGUGUUCGGCGUCAUCCUCACCAUAUGGAUCAUCGUUUCCAACUCCGCCCUCAUCAUCAGCAUCCUCAUGGACGACGUCAGACGCCGCAGCAUUUUCUGCCUCCACAUCGUCAACCUGGCUGUAGCUGACCUACUAGUGGGCGUGGUGGUGGUCCCAAUCAUGGCGGACUACCUCCUGGGAGGGUCGUGGGACCUUGGUGAAGACGUGUGUCAGUUCUGGCUCAUCUCUGACGUCCUGCUCUGCACUGUGUCUAUCAUCGCUCUGGUGAUGAUCAGCUGUGACCGCUUCAUGUAUCUCACCUGUCCCCGGAUGUUCCUGGAACACAGCCGCUACAUUGUGUGUUGCCUCAUGAUCAUGCUGCCAUGGGUGGUCGGCAUGGCGCUCGUUCUGCCGCUAUGGAUCAUGGGUAAAGGGGAGAUAAACAACCCGGAGAACGAUUGCAUGUUGCUUUUGAGACAAGAUUACAAAAUAUCGUCAUUAUUUGUCAGUUUCUUCGUGCCGGCGUUUUUGGCCAUCGGAGUCAACGUUGCCAUUCUCCUGAUGUUGUUUGUGUUGAGACAGAGGCUGGAUGAACUUCCCCUCAAGAGGAAGAACGAGAACCCAAAGCGACAGAUAUUCUGUGUGUGCAUUGUCAGCGUUGUGUUCACCGUAAUGUGGGCGCCAUUCUUUGUGGUGUCUCUUCUGAUGGCGGUAGGGGAAUACAAACCGCCAAGGGCUAUCAUUACACUCACUAUCUGGAUGGGGUACUGCAACUCGGGGGUCAACCCCCUUCUGUGGCUGGUGUUCCCGCAAGUGAGGGAGGGAUUCCGGGCGUUGCUGUGUUGUUGCAGACGGGAGGAGGAGGAGGAGGACGAUUCAGACGAGGUUGAUGAGGAUGAAGCGAGGAGGUCCAUGAUGGAUGAUAAUGAUGAAGUGUUUGAGCUGAAGGAUACAGAAACACACUGCAACAGCUUGGUGUAUCAGCUCUGGUCGGAGGAGAGACAUUGUUUAGCUGACUCUGUGGUCAGUUUACACUGCCGCCAGGUGUAUCAGCUCUGGUCAGAACUUGCCGCUCCCUUCAGUUUCGUCAUGGAAACCUUCGGUUUGAACCAGACAGAGGAUUACGUCUCAACUGUGGUAGACUUGGGUCAUAGGAUGUUUGGUAUUUUUGGCGCCAUCCUCGCCAUAUGGAUCAUCGUUUCCAACUCCAUCCUCAUCCUCAGCAUCCUCAUGGACGACACCAGACGCCGCAACCUCUUCUGGCUUCUCAUCAUCAACUUCGCAGUCGCUGACCUACUGAGGGGUGUGGCGAUUGUACCAUUAAGCUCGCACAAUUACUACACAGGGUACUGGGCGUUUGGAGGAGUCCUUUGCCAGGUUUGGACCACCUCUGACAUUCUAUUAAGCACUGUUUCUAUCGUCGCUCUUGUAGUCAUCAGCUGCGAGCGCUUGGUGUAUCUGAAACACAGCAGCCGGACAACGAGGAGGGUGGCCAGCUGCUGUUUCACUUGUCUCAUCAUAACGUUCCCAUGGGCGACAGGCGCGGCUAUCGCCAUACUCCAAACAUUUGCGAUGUACGGUAAUCAAUGCUAUUAUGAUGCAGGCCCGAUUUCCCAAAUAGUAUCAAUAGUAAUAAGUUUCUUCAUUCCGACAUUUGUAUCAAUCUGCGUCAAUAUCGGGAUACUUAUGAACUUGGGUGAGUUGAGGCACCUGCAGGACGAGUCCCCCAAGAAACAGAUCGUAGGAGUUGUCAUAGUCAGUGUUGUCUUUGUAUUGAUGUGGGCGCCUUUAAAUGUAUUAUCCCUUCUAAACACGAUGGGCGUAUACACCACGUACAUAGUGCAUAGCUCAUCGUAUUGGUUGGCAUUUGCCAACUCGGGAGUGACCCCCCUUCUGUGGCUUGUGUCCCCCAAAGUAAGGGAGGGGUACUGGGCGCUGCUACGUUGUCGAGUAAGAGGGCAACAGAAGAGGACUGAGCAAGUUGAUGAAGUUACCAUGUCGACCAUGAGUUGAAAUAGCCUUCAGAGAAUUGUGGAAGGAAAGCCUCACGGUAACACUGAAAAUGUGUAUAACGUUCGUAUUUGCAUAAAAUAGUACGGAGGCCAACUUUUCGAGGCUACUUCUUGCCCUUGAUUCACCUGAGAAGGGCUAAUACGUGUCUAUUAUUCUCAUACACGUGCCUACACAUGGAUAUCUGUACAUGUAUAUAGGAGGGUUGAUUGAUAAGUUCUAAGCCUUACAUAGAAGGAAUUUCGUAAUAUAAGGGAAACCUUUGCUGUGUACAUUACAAGAUGUCAUAGAGGUAUAUCUACAAAUACCUGAGUCAAAUGAACACAUUAUUUGGCUUAGCAAUUCAGUAAAUAAGCAGGGCUCUGUGAGCUUUGGAACAUGGACAAAAGUGCGGAACGCAAUCUCAUUAAAACCAGACCUUAGUUCUCGCUACCGCUAAACAA